GCUUCCAAGCCCUUUCCCAUUUCCCCUCCAUCUUUUCCUAUUUGUUCCUCCGAGCAAAACAGCGUGAGAGAAAGAGAGCAAGGAGAAAGAGAUGGGAAACGCCGUUAUCAAAUUUCUCAGGGGAGACUGCAACCUAUCCAUACCUCCUGAUGAGCCCCAAUCCUUGGGUCCCCAUGGGGUGACAAAGGCCACCGUUGGCCUCUCUGCUCUAGCUCAAGAUCUCUUCAACUUUGACAUCACCUCUCAGGUUCCGGAGGGACUGAGCCGCCAUGUGGUCUCCUCCAAGAAAGCACAAGCUAUUUGGUACAAGAAGCUAUUACAGGCAUGGAAGGAAUCCAAACCACCACCAAAAACACCAGAAGAAGCAGCGAGUCUUGUUAUCCGGACUUUGAAGCAAACUCAGAAUGCAGACAUUGAGGGUCUCUUGGCUUUCUAUGGACUUCCUUCUCCCCAAAUUCCUGCAGAAACCUCCAGUGCUUCAUCAUCAUUGCCUGAGGGAGUGAAAUUUAAACUGCAUACACUGCCCGUUGAUGCAAGAGCCGUUGUUGAUGGAGAUGGUUUAUCUGUGUACGUGGACACAAAAGACCCAAGAGAGUCAGCCAGUGUGCCACUAGAAAUACAUGAGGCAGCCAUCGCGAGAAGCAGCGCUCGUGCUGCAAAAAACUACUCAGAGGCAGAUGCACUUCACAAGACCAUCAUAAAUGCAGGAUAUAGAGUUAUCAAAGGUCCAAACAAUGAGCAGAUCCUAGCAAAGAAAUAUCGAAUUAGGCUGAGGGGGAUUGAUGCACCAGAAGGCCCAAUGCCUUAUGGGAAGGAGGCUAAGGAUGAACUGGUUAAGCUCAUUCAGGGGAAGAAGUUAGAAAUCCAUGCAUAUGGCCAAGAUAAAUAUGAUCGAUGUGUUGGAGAUGUUUAUUGCGACGGUGUAUUCGUGCAGGAGCAACUGCUGAAGAGAGGCUGUGCGUGGCAUUAUGUAACCCAUGAGCAACGCCCUGAAUUCUCAAAAUGGGAAAAAGCUGCACGCAAUGCACGGAGAGGUCUGUGGGCUUUACCAGACCCUGAGGAACCAUGGAAAUGGAGAAAAGAUAGAGGCAAUGGUGCAUGGAGAGCAGCCAAUGUCCCAGUGCAGGUUCACUAACUGAUGGAUGGCCUACUUCUGGGAUGAAGUCUGCCUCAGGGAGCUCGAGAUGUACCUGUGUUCUUCAGUAUUCUCACACAAAGUUGAAGAAUUUCUUUAACAAAGUAUGGGAGUCAAGAAAGAGUUACAUCCGGGAGAGAUUUACGGCAGGCACAAAACCAGGAAAUGGGGAUAAAAAAUUAAAAACAUAAUCAGCAUCGAUUGUGAGUUGUGUGAUUAGUUCAUGAUCUUAUAUUUUAGUAGUCAUGAGAUGUUUGUGCUUUAGUAACUCAUCUGUACAUUAAAUGUUAAUAAUGUCUUGCACUGAUGUGUUAUUUGUUGUACUCUUUUUUCCUUUUUUUGUGAUAAGUACCAUUUGUGUAUAUUUGAAUAGAAAAACUCACAAAUAACAAAAUCAUGCGAAGGAAGCUCAUUACGUUUU